AUGGCUUCCCAUUUGAAAGGUGUAAAAAAGUCUACAUUGACAGAUGAGAUGAGAAAAACAUUAUGUGCGUACAAAAAUGAGCAUCCCUCUUCAAGUCAAAAAGAUUUGCAACAGUGGGUUCAACAAACAUUUGAUCUCUCUGUCAGCCAAUCAACAAUAUCAAAUACUCUUAAAAGAUCAUCUGAAUAUUUGUCAAAAGAUAUAAAUAAUAGCAAUGUUAAAAUGCACAAAUUAGCCAAAUAUCUCAAAUUAGAGAAGGUAUUGUAUGAGUGGUUUCUCCAAUAUCAAGAGAAAGUAAACAUGACUGAAGAAAUUAUUCAAACUAAAACAAAAGAGUUUCUGCAGAAAAUGUAUGGUGAUGCAAAUUCCGAAUUUAACUUCUUAAUUGGUUGGCUAGAAUGGUUCAAGGUAAGACAUGGGAUUAAGUCUUAUAGAAGAUUUGGUGAAAGUGGUUCAGUUGUUAUGGAGAAUAUUGAAGAUGCUUUACCUCAAAUAAGAGCUAAAUUGAAAAAUUUUGAUUGGAAGGAUAUCUAUAAUAAUAUGGAUGAAACAAGCAUAUUUUAUCGUUUGCAAGCAGAUCAUUUACUGGCUACAAAGCAAUUAGAAUGA